AGCAGCAGGAAGUGAAAAAGAAAGAAAGAUGGAAAAAAGCAAAGUGCUGGUUGUAGGGGGAACUGGAUACAUAGGGAAGAGAUUGGUGAAGGUAAGUUUUGAUGAAGGUCAGGAGACAUACAUCCUCCAUAUCCAUAGACCUGAGAACAAGUAUGAUAUUGAUAAAGUUCAAAUGCUUUUGUCAUUCAAGGAGCACGGAACUCACCUAGUGCCGGGUUCCUUUAGUGACCAUCAGAGCCUUGUGAAUGCUGUCAAAUUAGUUGAUGUUGUUAUCUGUGCAAUAGCUGGUGUUCACGUCCGGAGCCACCAAAUCCUCCUUCAACUUAAGCUUGUUGAUGCAAUCAAAGAUGCUGGUAAUGUAAAGAGAUUUUUGCCAUCUGAGUUUGGCACCGAUCCUGCUAGAAUGGAGAAUGCAUUAGAACCUGGAAGAAUAACAUUUGAUGACAAAAUGGUGGUGAGGAAAGCUAUAGAAGAAGCUCGGAUACCUUUCACAUAUAUUUCCGCAAACUGUUUUGCUGGUUAUUUUCUUGGUGGUCUGUGCGAGCCUUGUAAGAUCCUUCCUUCAAGGGAUUCAGUGACCUUGUUGGGAGAUGGCAAUAAAAAAGGAAUAAGGAAUUUAUGUCGAUGAAGAAGAUAUAGCAAUGUACACUAUCAAAACUAUAGACGACCCUCGAGCUCUCAACAAGACGGUAUAUCUGAGGCCACCUAAAAACAUCUUAUCUCAGAGAAGUUGUUGAGAUUUGGGAGAAGCUAAUUGGCAAAGAGUUGAAGAAGUCUUCCAUAUCCAGGGAAGAGUUUCUAGCUUCCUUGAAAGG